AUGGUGCUGACAUUUUUGCACAAUUCCUAUGCCGAGUUCUUUGUGGCUAAGUAUUUUAUAGAACACCAUAAAGAGAUAAAUGAUUUUGAAAAGAUCAUUUUUGAUAGUAGAUACACGAAUGUGCGGUUUUUCUACGAUCUGCUUACUGCGAAAGAUUCUAGUGCUCACAAGGCGGUGUUGUAUAGAAAUACAGAUUUACUUAAGAAACAGCACAUGGACGAUAUGUUUACUUGUGAAGACACUCGAGGAAGAAAUGUUUUACAGGUUGCAUGUUCAUGGGGCCAGAGGCUUCCUGUUCUACAAGUGGAGAAAAGAGACGACAUCUAUAUUAUUGAUAACGAAAAAGAUGAUUCAUUGUGUGGAGAACCAACCGAGUAUAUUGAAAUGCUGCAGUAUCUUUUAGAGAAUUGUCACACAACCGGUGAUCAAGAAUUGAAAAAUGCUGCAUUUGAUUCGGCCAAAAAAUCUGAGUCUUUGUUGGCAAAGUUAAUACUUCUUGGACAUAGCUCCUCCAAACUCAGAAAUGAUGACGACGGCAUUAGCAUCUUGUACUAUUCUGCUAAGUUUGGUUACACUCAAGCAAUUGACUUGUUUGACAAUGUGCCUUAUGUCAAAACAAAGAAACACGGUUUCUCUCUUCUUCAUCUAUCCGUGAAUUAUGGUCAAGGAAAAUAUGUGAAGAAACUGCUUUCCAUAGAGGCAUACCGACAAAAUAUAGACGACAAAGACGAAAAUGGAGAAACUCCACUUUAUAAAGCAUGCCAAUACGGAUAUUACAACCUGGUGGUUUAUCUUGUCGAUUACGGUGCCAACGUCAAUGCCACAACCUCAAAUGGUUCCUCACCUCUUCACACAGCGUGUCUUCACCUUCACACCAACAUCGUCCGAUUGUUGCUAUCUUCAAAAGCCAACAUCAACGCGGUAAAAAAUUUUAACAUAACUCCACUCCAUGUUGCUUGUUGGAAUGGUCAUUACGACGUUGUGGAUCUACUUCUUCAAAACGGUGCCAAUAUCAACUCUGUGGCAAACGAUGGUUGUACACCCCUGUACGUCGCUUCAAGAAACAGACACGACACUGUAGUCAAACUUCUACUUCAGAAAAAUGUUGACAUCAAUUUAGCCCAAGAAAAUGGCGUAACUCCUUUAUUUAUAGCUUGUCAAGAAGGGCACAAGAAAAAUGUCGAUCUUCUUUUAAAGGCAGACGCUAAUGUCAAUCUUGUUACGAAGAGUGGUGAGUCACCACUGUAUGUGGCUUGUCAGAAUGGUCAUGAAGCAGUGGUUAAGUUGUUGAUUAUGUUCGGAGCUGAGCUGAAUGCUGUUGCUGAUAAUGGGUUUAUGUCGAUUCACAUUGCCUCUCAACAAGGGUUUUCAAAAGUUGUGCAAUUGUUGCUAGAACAAGGAGUCGAUGCCGACGUUCAUAGUGCUGAUGGUAUGACAGCUUUAAGUAUCGCUAGACAUCUAGGAAAUGAUGAUGUUGUUUCGUCGUUGAAGAAGUUCAGAUUGUGGAAUAAAGCAUUUAAAAUUGUUCAUUACAGACUUAAUUUUGUUAAGAAACUCAAAAUAUAG